AUGCCGGAGCCCGUGCAGCCAGUGAGGUUCGAUGUUGUUCCGUCAGAGGAGAAUCCAAGGCCGCCGUGCUUGUCUGAUUAUAAGGAGAAGGAGGUCGUCAGGGAGGAUGAGGAGGAGCCGCUUAUUCAGUCGGCCGAGUGCAGCAUUUGCCAGGAUGAAGAUUCCAUUAAGAAUCUCGAGACCGCAUUUAACGAGUAUGCGCAUAGCAACGACAAAGGCAAUAUAAACUGUGAGAUCUGUCAUCAGCCUUAUCAACCUGAUUAUACUGCUCUACCUCGCGUCCAAACUGAAGAAACCACUAUUGAUAUUGGUUAUUGGAGUCUGGACAAUCUCUGGCCUCUGGACUUGCGUGAUCCUCGUCUCUUAGCCAUUGCAGAGGCAGAACGGCAAUUUUUGGAAACCGAGUAUGAUGAAUAUGCUGCAUUAAAUGCCAGUGGAGCUGCAUUCUGUCGUUCGACUGCUCUAGUUUUAAUGGCGCUUCUGCUAUUGCACCAUGCAUUUGACGUUCCAGAUGCUGACUCGGACGAAGAUGUGUAUACUGUCUUCUCAUUUGGAAUUUUCUUGUUUUGUGCAGCUGUAAUUCUCCUGCCAUGCUACAUCAUGGCUCGGGCCAUCGGUGUAUUACAGCGACGAAGGCAAAGACGGUAUCAGGAAGCUGCAGGGGCUGCAAUACAGGUUGCACUAGUGGGGGCAUGCAUUUUACCAUCGCAUCUCAUCAGUCCUAUUAAAGAUGGAGACGAGCCAGGCAGCUUCAGUACUAGCCUGGAGCCCCUACACCUAAUAAAAGAUUUUCCAGGGGUUCAGGCAAGGCUGACUGUGGAUGGUCUCAUUAGCACAAAGACCGUCGAGGCUGCCUCCUUCGGUUUAAAUCAAAGUUUUAAAAGUAUCCCCUUUUAG